CGUUCUGAUUCCAGUAUGGAGCUGCUUGCAACCCCAACAGUUAGACUGAGCCUCUACGACAAGGGAACCACCAUUCGGGAAAUCGCACUGGAGAGGAUCAAGGUCAAAGCGGAGCCAGAAAGGGAGGAUUUGGAAGAUCCAUUCAUUAUCUAUGACCUGGGUGACGUAGUGGCCAAGGACAACCAAUGGAGAGAGAUGCUGCCCAACAUUGAUACUUUCUUCGCCGUCAAGAGUAACCCAGAUCCAGUGUUUUUGCGACUUCUGCUUGGUCUGGGAAGAGGCUUCGAUUGCAGCAGUAAAAACGAAAUAAAGAUGGUCCUCGAUUUAGGAGUGAGUCCAGAUCGCAUCAUCUUUGCUCAUCCCUGCAAACAGGAAUCGCAUCUACGCUUCGCAAGGGAAAAGGGGGUCAGGCUCAUGACCUUUGACACGGAAGAAGAGCUGCAUAAGGUCAAGCGCGUGCACCCGGAUGCCAAGCUGAUACUUCGCGUGCGCUUCGAUUUCUUGAAAAUGCCAAUCAAAUUCGGAUGUCGCGAAAGUCAAGUUCGCCCUCUGUUGGAGCUGGCAAAGAACAUGGGACUGUCCGUUACAGGAGUGAGUUUUUAUGUCGGCAGCGUCAAUACCAUCAGCCCGCAAGUUUUCGUCCAGGCAAUCCAACACAGCCGGCCUAUUUUCAAGGCUGGACGAGAAUUGGGAUUAGAAAUGGAUCUGCUGGACAUUGGUGGUGGAUUCCCUGGAAAUUUGCACACCGAAGAAGCCUUCGAAAAGUUGGCCGAGGCAGUCCGCGAGGCCCUGGAGGAGCACUUCCCACCAAGUAGCGGUGUGACGGUCAUAGCUGAACCGGGGUCGUUCUACACACGAUCGGCCGGGUACCUGGUGGCAAACGUCAUGGCCAAGCGGAUUGACAGGCCAAACAAACAAGAUGAAACUAUAAACAGUACGACAGGUAGCCCUGUAUGGAUGUACUACUUGAAUGUGGGAGUCCACAAUGCAUUUGGCCUAGACUACGUUGAUUGUUUCCUCAAGCGUCCCGAGUUGCUGCGUCAAGAGGAACCUGGUGAGCAGCAGCUGCAGCUGAAGCCCUCCUGCCUUUGGGGACCCACGUGUCAUCCCAAGGAUGUCAUAUUCGACAAAUGUAUGAUGCCAGAGAUGGAGAGCGGGGACUUCGUCAUGUUUCACGAUAUGGGAUGUUAUGUAAAGUCACGUGUGUCUGAAUUUAACGGCUUCGAGAUCCCACAGACGUGCUAUAUCGCACCCAGGGAAAUCCGACCGAUUCUGAAGCAGGUAUUCUCCGCCGGAAAGAACGAUGUCUCGGUGUGUGGCUGCAGAUUUUAACACGUAACGCCUUAGAGUGUUGCUGACAUGUAUUGGUGACUACCACGAUAGAGUAGUUUUUCGAGUGCUUCUGUAACUUCUGCAAUUAAGAAGAAAAACAAAAAGAACAGGGGAUUUUAAAGGGGGAGUAUUAUAGUCUUGUUUUAGAAUGAGAUGGUAGUUAGAUAGAGAACACUUCAUGGCUUCCUUAUCUUAUGUUUCAUGAUGCAUCUUUCACGAUGGAAGUCAUAUGAAAAUUUCAAAGAGAAAAUGUUUUCUUUUUUUGACGCUUACUUAAAUUAGGCUACUCUCAUCCUAUCACGGUUUUGGAUCACAGAGGUCAAACGAGAGAAUGUUGUCAUACAGUUGUUCAUUGUAGGUUUAGUAGCAAAUGCAUAUUAUUACUUCAACCAUUGGAGAAAUCAUGAACACAGUAUACAUCACAAAUUAAAAACAAUAAGAAGUUUAAACAAGUAUACAUUUCGUAGAAUGACUAUAGAUUCAUUACAAUUAAGAAACUCUCUUAUUUGGAAAGCAACAUUCGAAUAUUAUGGUGUAAUUCUCCUUGUUAUUUUGAAAGCAACAUUUGACCAUUUAAGUGUAAUACUAAUUACUAUUUUGAAACAUUGUUUCAGGAGCACAGUGUAAUUUAUUGUGAUAGUGUAUUUUAUGAAUAUGGAAGGCGAAUUUAUGAUAUCCAAACAUUGUGAAUUUUAUAUUUGAAUUUGAAAUGAAUUUGGAUUUUGUUUGCUUUAUCAUAGAACAGUUAAUAUUGCCUAGUUUCUUUUUUUUGUCAACACCUGUCACACAUCAAACAGUCAGACCAAUCAGAUGAUGAUUGGUCUGACUGUCAUCUGAUAAUUACCAAUCAGAUGAUGAGGAUUUAAUCAGGCGUUGUAUACAACGAUGAUGAAUGUUACACAUCUGUGUCAUGAUAGGAGUAAUUUCAUUAGGUGACUGACUAAAUGUUCCAUUCCACGCUGCCUCUCCUCGUGGAGUGGAAUAAUAUUUCCCUUUAAAAAAAUCCUCCAGAGCCGUAGAUAAAAAAAAAUAUUUUGAAAUAUGCGGUUUCGAACUCACAUCCUCCGAUUUCAAAACCACGGCAUUAUCCAUUAAGCUCGAUAGCAUACGAUAAUUAAUGGCAUUAUAUACCCGCGUACGUAUAAUAAAAUUAUCGUAGAGGGCGCUCAACAACCAUCCAUACGAUGUUGUUUGGGAAAAAGUUCGAUUGAC